UGCAAAUCGUGAAGGACAAGUAACAAUGGUGGAGUCGUCGUUAAUACCCGGCUUGGUGGACAACGUAGCAGAGCUGUGCCUCUCCCGAGUCCCGCGCUCUAGCUUUCAGAUCAUAUCUCAGGUGUGCUGGCGAUGGAGAAGGUUCCUCCGGAGCGAGCAUUACGCGGCCGUUCGAAAGUUGACGGGAUCGGUAGAGGAGUUAAUGUGUGUUCUAGUGAGUUUCGAGUCCUGGGAAGUUUACGACGGCUCGGGUAACAAACUGGGGUGCAUCCCUCCCGUCCCUGGGCCUUUGAAGGUACGUUCCGGCCUCGUGGUGAGCGAUGGUGGAAAGAUCGUGUUCAUCGGUGGAAGAUAUAAUAAAACUGCUUCGGCCGAUGUUUACGAGUUCAAUCCUGCAACUAACAGGUGGAGAAAACUGGCAGACAUGAACGUACCGCGUUACAGCUUUGCAUAUGCUGAAGUGGAAGGCCUUUUGUAUGUGAUCCGAGGUUACUCUACAGAUGAUGAUAGCAUUCUCAACGCGGAAGUAUACAACCCUAAAACUAACCAAUGGGGCCUCAUGGAUUGUCCAUACCGUCCCAACUUUAUUCCUGCCUUCGCAUUCUCCUUCAAUUCCAAACUCUUCGUUGUAGGCAAGAAAUCAAGGUUCAUUGACAUAUAUGACCCCAGAAAGAAGACUUGGGAAGAGUUAGACUCGGGGCAAACACUGGAUGUGUACUCCUACACUGUUGUUAGCAACAAAGUGUAUUUCUUUGACCAUAACAAGCCGGGACUGGGAGCGUUUGAUCCAGACAAAAAUUCUUGGAGCUCUGUACUAGAUGUGCCUUCUAGGAAUGAGCAUGGUUUAAGGUUCUGUCUAGGGCAAUGGAACAAUAAGGUUACCCUGUUUCCAAUGGGAUCUGAGGCCUUAAGUGGUGACCUUGUUGAAGAGGACGCGUCCAGGUGGAGAGCCACACCAAUUAUACUAUCUGGUUAUCACGCCACCAGUGUUCUCAUCAACUUUUGAGUUUGCAAAAUGUGUAUAACGUUUUGGGGUUGUUAGCUUUGUGGUUAGCCCUCAGCUCUGUCAAUGAUACAUCUAAUCUAUUAAGAAGGGCUCUCUUAUAUUUAUAUUCGUUGGCUUGGUUUGUCUCUCCUCCCCCUAAACUAUGUUGGUUUGUACUUUGGGAAUAUUACUUGA